UUCAUCUUUGCUCUUCUUUCAACAUUUCUCUCUCUCCCUCUCCCGUCUCUUGUUUUGUCUCCCUAAUCAUCAUAUUGUGUUUUUGUUCCCCUAAAUAGUGAACCCCUAGUGAAGUGCUUACCACUGGUUCAUCUUAUAAUUGAAAAAAAUGGUUUAACCUUGCUUCUCCCGUAACCUCUUUUAUCGUUUAAUUUUCAUCAUUCACCCAACGGCUCUUGUUCAUCUUUCCUCUUUUCACUUUUCCCUUUCUCUCAUCUCUAUCUAUUCCUAAUACUCUAUCUAUUCUCUGAUCUUUUAUGUGCCUUAUUUGUCUUGUCUAGUGUCUUACUUUUCUUCUGUGUGCCUUUCAUUCUUCUUUCUUCUUCUCUCCCUCUUUUACCCUCCUUUUUUAAACUCUUUCUUCUUCCCUUUCUUCUCUUCCUCCGUCUCUUUCCACCUCUCUUUCACUCAACCUUUCUCACUCUCUUUCUCUAUUUAUCCAUCUACUUACCUUCCCUUUAAUGUGUUUACCUAUUUGUUGUAUUAUUGUAUUGUGUUUAUGACUUCGUUGUUGGUCGUGUCAACCGGUUAAUCUUCCAAUUCACUCGCAAUAGUUAAUAUUAACUAUAAAAAAAUAAUCAUAAUUACACCUUAUUAUGAUACCGAAGGGAAUAAAUCUAGAUACAUUUGCACCUUACUCGGUGUCUCCUUUAGCGGAUAUAAUAUCAUGUGUUGAAUUUAAUGAUAACGGGGACCUACUCGCAACCGGAGACAAGGGAGGUAGAGUGGUUAUUUUCCAACGAGACGAUUCUGCGAAAAAAUCUGUGCCAAGAAGAGGAGACUACAGUGUUUAUACAACUUUUCAGAGCCAUGAACCAGAGUUUGACUAUCUGAAAAGUUUAGAAAUCGAAGAAAAAAUCAAUAAAAUAAGGUGGUUAAAGAGAAAAAAUCCCGCUCAUUUUCUCCUAUCAACUAACGAUAAAACUAUUAAACUGUGGAAAGUGUACGAAAGGGAGAAGCAAAUAGAUGGCUAUAAUCUAAUAGAUGAUGAAGGCCAAUGUAUAAAAGAACCCAAUUCAAUUAAAUCCCUCCGAGUACCUGUCAUAAAACCAAUGGAAUUAACAGUUGAGGCUUGUCCUAAAAGGAUAUAUGCCAAUGCGCACACGUAUCACAUUAACUCUAUUUCAAUGAAUAGCGAUCAAGAGACUUACCUUUCCGCUGAUGAUCUUCGUAUUAAUCUCUGGCACCUGGACAUCACUGACGAAAGUUUUAACAUCGUUGAUAUUAAACCAGUUAACAUGGAAGAGUUAACUGAAGUUAUCACAGCCGCAGAAUUUCAUCCUCAUCAUUGUAAUUUAUUUGUUUACAGUAGCAGUAAAGGUAUCAUCAGGCUAUGUGAUAUGCGAGCCUCUGCAUUAUGUGACCGGCAUGCUAAAAUUUUUGAAGAGCCAGAGGAUCCCACGAAUAGGAGCUUCUUUUCCGAAAUUAUAUCAAGUAUUUCCGGCAUUAAAUUUAAUUCUACUGGUAGAUAUUUAAUUUCAAGGGACUACUUAUCCAUAAAAGUUUGGGAUCUCAACAUGGAUACCAAACCAGUUGAAUCAUACCUCGUGCAUGAAUAUUUAAGAUCAAAGUUAUGCAGUUUGUACGAAAAUGAUUAUAUUUUCGAUAAAUUUGAAUGUUGUUUCAACGGUACUGACCAAUAUAUAAUGACCGGAUCUUAUAAUAAUUUUUUUAAAGUAUUUGAUCGACAGUCAAAAAGAGAAGUGAUGUUAGAAGCCUCCAAAGAAAUAGCUAAGCCUAGAACAGCUCUUAAACCGAGAAAGGUAUACACUGGAGGUAAAAAGAAAAAGGAUGAAAUAAGCGUAGAAAGUUUGGACUAUUCACGAAAAAUUUUACACACAGCAUGGCAUCCAAGUGAGAACAUUAUAGCAGUUGCUGCUACCAAUAAUUUGUUCAUAUUUCAAGAUAGAGGUUGACACCAAGAGUCCGAGAUAUUGAGAGAACUCUUUGUAAAUUCACUGAGUCAACAUUUCAUUUUCAUAAUAAAUCAAUUCAAUCAACAUAAAUGAACCAGAGAAUCAAAAAGCUUCAAUUUUUUCGUGCUCAAAAUUAAAUCGAGUUGAAAUCAAUUUUAAAUCGGACUUGGAUCAAAGAUUUGCCAUUGGCUUUCUAACAACUCAAUCAUUCCUAACCAAUUGAUUGUUGACUGAAACGAUUUGGUUUUUUAUGGACUUGGGAUUUAAAGACCAUUUGAAAAUACGAAAUGAGAAUGUUUGGUCUAAUUAUGAUUAUUAAGUAGUCUUUGCCUCAAAGAGUUCCUAAUAUGUCAAAGAUUUCAUUUCAUUCAAAGACAUCAACAAUGAUGUUAAAAGCAGUAGAUUUGAAGAACAUUCAUUCUUAGUAAAUUUUUCAAUCAAAAAUUGAUGUCAAUUGAUGAAGUUAUUUAUUAUCGUACCAAAAGUCGCUCAAUGUUGCUAUAUUAAAUGAUAACAUAUGGGAAACAUUGAUGUGCAAAUUGAAUGUGAUUAAAGAGGACAUCAAAGCAUAAACAAAAUCCCAUAGGCAAAAGCCAUUAACAACACACAAUUACAUUAAUAUUAUUACUAUUGUCUGUAUUAACUUCAAUCAAAUCAGUCAACUUUAGUUUUGUUCCUCAUUCAAAGUAUUCAAUUGAUUAUCAAUUACAAAUAGUUAAUCAAAGAACGAGUUAAUCUCAACUGUUACUUACUGUCGAUAUGAUAAUAUGAUCUCCUCAAUACACAAUUUUAAUCCUUUUGACUGAUUUGAUUAGAUUGUUGAAUCAAUGUCUGUUUUAAUUCAAUUUGUAUGAUUAAAACGAUUGAUAAAGUAAAAAAAUGUUAAUGAAAUA